UCCGUGUCGCGGGAGCUACCCGCCCCCAGCCGCCGCUGUCAAGCCGUUCGCUGGUCUUUGGUCGUCGUGGCAACGCCAGAAUCCCGGGGGCUGGGUCGGUGCCGCCAUCUCUGGAGACGGAGCCGCGGCGCCGGUGGAGCGAUCGAGCGGUGGCCGCAGCCCGAUGGCCGAGGACGGUCGGCGCGGCGAUGAAGGGGAGCGGGGCCCCGGCGCCCUGUACCAGAUGUUUGUCACCAUGGAGGACCUGCUGGACAAACUGAAGCUGAUGAACUACGAGGAGAAUCUGAUCCGAAAGAACAACAUGAAGACCCUGUCCAGACACUACUUUGCUCUCCCCACAAAUCCUGGUGAACAGUUCUACAUGUUUACAUCGCUCGCAGCUUGGCUGCUAAACCAGACAGGACGCGUAUUUGAGCAACCACAAGAAUAUGAUGAUCCCAAUGCAACAAUAACUAAUAUUCUGACAGAACUCCGUGCAUUGGGUGGUUCAGUGGAUUUCCCUCCCUCCAAAUUGAAGCAAGGUUAUGGGGAGCAGGUGUGUUAUGUCCUGGAUCGUUUGGCUGAAGAAGCCCUAAAAUAUACUGGUUUUAAUUGGAAGAGGCCUGUGUAUCCAGCAGAAGAGAUGGAAGAAGAAGCAUUAAUAGAGGAUGAUGCCGAAUUAACAUUGAGCAAAGUGGAAGAUGAAUUGAUUGAGGGGACAGAAGAUUAUGAAGAAGGGGAGCCUUUCCUGGAUCUGGAGGUUUUGAAAGCUCAAGGACAGAAAAUGGAGGGAAUGGAGUGCUCAAAACCAGAGGAGAUCUUGGAAUCAACCACAGAUGCUGCUGAGUGGAAUCUGGAAGUGGAACGAGUUCUGCCACAACUUAAGGUUACCAUCAGAACUGACAACAAGGAUUGGAGAAUUCAUGUUGACCAAAUGCACCAGCAUAAAGAGGGCAUUGAAACAUCCCUUAAAGAGACAAAGAGCUACUUGGAUAAGCUUCAAGAUGAGAUUAGUCGAACUCUGGAAAAGGUCAGCAGCAGAGAGAAAUACGUCAACAACCAGCUGGAGAAUUUGAUUCAAGAUUUCCGAGCUGCUCAGGCUCAACUGAGUGAGGCCAAAGACCGAUAUCAACAAGGAAGUGGGGGAGUAACAGAACGGACCAAACUUCUGUCUGAGAUAAGUGAAGAAUUGGAAAAAGUGAAACAAGAUAUGGAAGAAAAGGGAAGCAGUAUGACUGAUGGAGCUCCAUUAGUGAAAAUCAAGCAAGCUUUGACUAAGCUGAAACAAGAGAUAACUCAAAUGGAUAUCCGAAUUGGAGUUGUGGAGCAUACCUUGCUACAGGCCAAACUCAAAGAGAAAUCAAACAUGACCAGAGACAUGCAUGCAACCAAUAUUCCAGAAACCACAAUAGGUGGUUAUUGACAUUCAGUGUUUAUGUGCAAAUUACAACUUUAUCUGUUAGUCCUGUAUUGGAAGAUUACUGGUAUUUUGUGAUCUAAGGAACCAAAAACUAGCAUUCAAAAUCAUUUGGAAUUGUUGGAACAUGUUAACUGCAACAAAUCACAGUUGCAUUACUUCCUAUGUAUUAUAAUGAACAUUCACACAUAUUUAUUGUCAAAAGCAAAAUGCAAAGCUGAUUUAAAAUAGUGCCAGUGCUUCUUUCAUUUACAAGAUUCAUAUUUUUCAAAUCUUGCACUUCUUAUGAUAUCAACAAGCCCUGUGCCCAUAUUCCUAAUGUUUUUUAAACUCCCAUUCCUCAAUUACUGACUACACUUUCUCAAUUACAGCUCUGUUAAGAAACUUCAGUAUUUCUAAAGAGUUGUAAUAAAUGCCUCAAAAAUCUAAUCUUUCAUUUAUAAAGUGGCAUCAGCUAUCUAUAACCAUUAUGAAGCUAAUCUUAAAUCCAGAAUUUAAUCCAUACAGAAUUAUAUAAUAUAAAAUCUCUAUUUUGAGCUAUUUGGUAUUACUUCCUUGAAACACUCUGAUGUUUAUUUCCCAUCCAUAAUAUUCUUUAUUACUUUAACAUUAGCUUCAUGAACUGGUUUUAUUAAUUGGUGUAAAAUACAGUAAAUUUACAGUGCAAAAAAUUGUGCAGAAAUUGUAUAUAGUUAACACUGCUGCAAGCAUUAGAUAUUUUAGCAAACAUUUUAUAAAUAUGCAUUUGCAAUUUUGUAAUAUUUGGAUAAAAUAAUUUUAUCAAUAAAAUGUUAUCUGUCGAACCAAUUCUGUAUAUUUUUGAAAAAGCAUGUUAAUAUCCUACAAACCUACUCCAAACAAAAACCUAAUCAAUAUUAAAGAUUUUUUGGUUGUGAAAGAAACCUGUAUAAUUUAAUUUAGAAAGUCGAUGCAGCAUUUAAGAAACCGCAAUUGUAAUAAAAUACAAUAUGUAUUCAGUAUUGCUUAAAAGUGUAAACUGCAUUUGAUACAAGUAUGAACAAUCACUGAGCUGUAGCCCCAAGUCUUCAUCGUUUGUUAGAAAUUGAUGCUAUUCAGUUUAAGCCUGGACUGCUUACAUUUAUAACAUU